AUGUCAGAUUCAGAGGGUGAGAUUUCUGCAGUUCAAGAUUUUAAGGAUAUUGCCGAUGAAAUUCAGCGAUGUAAGAAAAAUCCUGAAACUGCCAAUAUGUUUGUGUCUGGCUGGGAUGACGCAGAUCAAGAUGUGGAAGUAGUGAAAGAUCCGAAAGCUGAUCCUAAUACACACAUCCUUUGGGCUGCUGAACAUGGGGAAUUGGAGACUGUCAAAGAACUAGUAGCAAAACAACAUGGCUUAAUCCAUGUCAAAGAUGAAGAUGGUUACACUCCAUUACACAGGGCUGCAUAUAGCAAUCAUGUUAAUGUAAUAUCAUUUUUAAUAAGUGUCGGUGCUAACAUACAUGCAAAAACAGAACUUGGUUGGACACCUUUACAUUCCGCUUGUAACUGGAAUAAUUAUGUGUCUGCUGCAAGAUUGUUAGCUGCCGGAGCUGAUCCUGCAGCCUCAUCAGAUGGAGAACAAACACCCUUGCAUCUGGCUUCAGCAAUAAGUCACUGUAAAUCAACUUUACUUAUAUUGCUUCUACGAGAAGAUGCUGUAGAGAUAUACAGGCGACCCAACAGUUCUCAAGAAACUCCAGAACAGUUAGCCAUUUCUCAUGGAAUCUAUUCUCCAUUGUUUGAGAUGGCACUGCCCUCAGCUUCAUAUAUUAGAUCCAUAGCUUUCACUAGCAAUCCUUAUGUCAGAUCAGAUAACAAUAAUUCAUUGCGACUGUAA